UAUCGCAAUCUGAAGCUUAGGUCCAGAGGGGAACGGCAGCUUUAAGUGCUUCAGAGUGAAGGAAAAGACGAGUGGAAAAGAGUCGGCAUGGCCCAGAAAAAUCACCCUCAGUUCUCCAUUCGAGAGUACCGACCUUCAGAUCAGCAUGCCGUCCUGUCGCUGUUUCGUGACGGGAUACUCGAGCACGUCUACCCGGCUUUCUUCAAGGCCAUGAGCCACCCGGACCACGUGGGCGUCGCUCUGAGCAUCUCCAUGGCCGGCUACGUGCUGGGGGGAAGCUCCUACUUCCAGGGCCUGCUGUUCGGCUGCGCCUGGGCCGGCCUGAUUUACUACUGCUGCUACGACAUCUACGAGGGCUACAUGAUGAGGCGGCUCAGCACAGACAUGGCCGACAUUCACGCCGGCUACCUGGAAAGCCCAGAUAACGGCUUCUGGGUGGCGGAGGCAGAGGUCGGCGGCCAGCCCCAGGUGGUGGGGAUGGUGGCGGUGGCGGGGAAGAGUGGGGAGGAAGAGGCCGAGAGGUUCGACGACUGGAACGGCGGCGUGAUCGAGGGGGGCUCCGACUUCGGGGAGGACUCCGGAGACGGGAGUUACGGCGAGGUCUCGCACCUGGUGGUGGCGUUUCCGUGGCGCCGCCGGAGCCUGGGCUCGGAGUUGACGCGCAGGGCCUUGGAUUUCUGCAAAGAGCGAGGCUUCGCGCGGCUCGUGCUGGACGUGAGCUCGCCGCAGACGGCGGCCAUUUCCCUGUACCAGAAGUCUGGCUUCGUUCAAACUGCAACCCACUGUAACACACACACCAACCGCUGGUUCUCCAGACUGGCCAGAAUAAACGUGAACCGAAUGGAGAAGUUACUUUAAACACAAACGGACGUUAGUACCAGAUACAACCCCGCAUCGUACGGCACUAUAUAAAUAUUUCACUCUCCAUCUCAUUCAAUGCCAAAACUCCUGUGUUGUGUGAUAUCCGGUCAUGUCUCCAGUUCCCUAUC